GUAGCUGUAUGAGUGGCAGCCCCUCAGAUAAUACUUCUGCCUUCACUGUACGUAUUUACAAAUUAGCGGACUUCCUGGCGUGUUGUGAAACGGUAUUUGUAUAACAACGGUGCAGCAUCACACUCUUACGAAGGUUUUGUAUUUUUAAUGAGGGGAAACUGAAAGAUACCCGUGAGACAGUAAAGUUAGUUAUGGAGAAACUAGAGACAUCAGAGCUCCAGUCAAGGCUGUCCUCGCUGUCUGUAUCAUCUUUCCCCGGUAUAACUUCAAAAAACUGUGAAUCAGACUCUUUAAACAGACUUCAAAGCACAGACCUUUCACGGACAGUACUCCAACCGGACAACCAAACCAAGAUGGAUGAUAAUAGGAAUAUCCGACAAUCUCUGCAAUCUACUGAGGAGACCAGAGCAUCUCACGGGAAAGCAGGGGAAGGAGGCUCACCAGAGAGCACUGCCAGUGAUGGGACGUCACACUCUGGGGAGAAAAAAGCUCUUCCACCUGUUCAACCAGCAUCUACAUGGACCUCUGCAUCCCUGAAGGAGCUAAAAGCAAAACUGCGUCAAGAGAAAGACAGCGUGGUGACUAUCUACCGCGGAGAUGUUAUGACUGUCCACGUGCCUACCGUUCCUGAGGCCAAGCGUGUGUGCUGGGAGUUUGCUACAGAUGGCUAUGACAUUGGUUUUGGGGUCUACUUUGACUGGUCCCCAGUCACCAGCCGAGCCAUCACCGUCCACAUUAGUGAAUCCAGUGACGACGAGGAUGAAGAUGAGGAACUGGAAGGCCCUGUUGUUCCUGGAGAUGUAGAGAAGGGCUCUAAAGCAACUGCCAACUCGAACUUGGGAGAGAUCUUGCCUGUGUACCGGCAGGACAGUCAUCUGGCAGUGCAGGGCGGCAGCCACGAUUUUCCAGGAGAUGGCACAUACUUGCUGAAGUUUGACAACUCCUAUUCACUUUGGAGGAAUAAGACUCUGUAUUACAGAGUUUACUACAGUGCCUGAGUAGUCAAGUGCAAAUUUCAAUUGAAAGUCUUAGUGAAGAUUAUUUUUAAUCAAUUCUGUAUAUGUGUAAGUCUUGCUAUUGUUGAUUGUGGUUUCAGAUAAUCAAAGUCCUAUCAUAGAUCAAAAAGUGUGCUUGUUUAUGUGAAUGGGAUCAUGAGUCUCAUGAUAUGUGCAAUGUGUUUUAUGUGUGCGCGCGUGCUAAAGGUCACGUAAAUAUUUCAUUUAAGGGUCCAUAUAUAUUUUAUAAUUGUAUUGUCUCGCACCACAACUGUGGCAUCGUAUAUCAGGGAUUACAGUAGGAAUCAGGGAUAGCUAUUUGGGUGGUGAUUCAGGUCAAAUACUUUUCAAACAGUUACACACACAUAUAUAUAACACAAUAAAUCAUGUUAGAAAAAUAAUUACAUUGAAUGUUAAGUUGAUUUUUUAUGUGCAUUGCGAGCAGGUUCACAAAGCCAUCAUCUGAGAUCAGAUACAUUAAUAUAGCCAAAAAGACAUAAACAGCCUGCACUAGAAGAGAUACUGUAUGUGGAGCUCAUAUACAGCCUAAUAUUUGUAUUGCAGUUGGAGACUGUACCUUGAUCAAGUCAGUCACCUGGGAUACUUCUCAUGGAAGUGGUUACGGCCUGCUUGUGUAGAACUUAAAAGAAAACCAUUUCCUGCUACAAAAGGCAGAUAAUUUAUUACAUAACUAAUUCAAUAUUUACAUGACCAAGUUACCAUAAAAGGUUGUCUGGCAUCUGUUGUUGUCUACAUUAAUGUCUUCUUUACCAAGGUGACUUACAAGACUGCCUGUAAGAUAUGGUUCAUGAUUCAAAUAUGUUAAUUGAAAAUACAUUUUUAUCAUGUGCAAUAUUUCACACAAAUUACAGACAGCAAAGAUUUUAUUAUAGUAUUUAGCUUUAUUUCAUGACUUCAUUCUUUAUUGUAUUAUAAAUACCACAUCACUAUGAAAAAGCCAGCCUGCACCCUUUUCUCCUGUAAUGGGUAUUUUCUAUACUUUAAAUUAUUUGCAUCGUGCUGCUGAAUUACCUUACAGCCAAUGUGCUUUUCUGCCUGCCUGUCUGUCUGUGUAUCUUUAUUUGUAUCAUAUAAAUAUAAUGUAUGUCAGUCAUAUUUUUCUUGUUUUUUUCUUUUGCUGUAUCAAUUUCUUUUGGUGUUUGUUGUUCAUAAUAAACUACUGAUGAAUUCA